AUGUUUCGCUCAACUACAAAAAGCAGUAGCGGGAAUGGUCUCGGCGACAUCGAGUUCACCCAACCGUUGCUCACACCAGCCGAAUCAGACCAAGGAGGAAGUACCACCCUCUUUGCAGUCGACGACGAGUCGGACGACUCGGACGACGGAGGAGGACAUGUCGAGGAGAAUGCUCGAAUUAUUGCACCGGCGCUUAGGUCGACGAUAGCUAGUCGUGAAGCAGAUUCCGAUGAGCUCGAUGAUUCCUCAAGAAGGAACCUGGAAACACCCAUUGGGUUUCGACGGAACUCGGACCAACAAAUGCCACUCUUGGUUGGCCUUUAUGAUACCUCUCAUUCGCGUCGCAGUCUGGACGCGUCUAUGCCACUCCGGGAUAGAAAUGGUGAAGAGAUCCAUGUUGAUUUGGAAGAACUUGCUGCCAAGCGGACAGCAGGUGGAGGGCUGAUAGAUUCUGUUGCGAAUAUGGCCAAUUCAAUUCUCGGCGCUGGAAUUAUUGGUCUCCCAUAUGCUAUGAAACAAGCUGGUUUCUUCACUGGACUCACCUUGUUGGUGAUAUUGUGUGGUGUGACCGAUUGGACUAUUCGUCUCAUCGUUAGAAACGCGAAAAUGAGCGGAAGACAUUCGUAUAUCGACAUCAUGGACCACUGCUUUGGCUCCGCCGGACGUGCAGCGGUGUCCAUCUUUCAAUUUGCCUUCGCUUUCGGCGGGAUGUGUGCCUUUGGGAUUAUCAUUGGUGAUACCAUACCGCAUGUUAUGCGUUCUGCCUUUCCGAAACUUGCCACUAUGCCCGUGCUACAUGUUCUGGCUAACCGCCAAUUCAUGAUUGGACUCUGCACGCUCUGCAUCUCAUACCCCCUCUCCCUCUACCGAGAUAUCCAUAAACUCGCUCGAGCCUCGGGUCUCGCCCUGGUAGGAAUGCUCAUCAUCGUGAUUUCUGUCUCCAUCGAGGGCCCACACGCCCCUCCAGAAUCCAAAGGCGAUCCAGCCAAAAGGUUUACUUUUAUCGAUGGGGGGAUCUUCCAAGCUAUCGGCGUCAUGAGCUUUGCUUUCGUGUGUCACCACAACUCGUUGAUGAUCUACGGAAGUCUUCGUACACCGACACUGGACCGCUUCGCCAAAGUGACCCACAUCUCCACGUUUGCUUCUUUGGUCUGUUGCUCGACCUUGGCCAUCUCCGGUUACGUUGCGUUUACCGAUAAGACGCAAGGCAAUAUCCUCAACAACUUCCCUGAGACCUCUACCCUCAUCAAUGUUGCAAGGUUCUGCUUUGGACUCAAUAUGUUUACAACUCUGCCACUGGAGUUGUUCGUCUGCCGAGAGGUUAUUGAAGACUACUUCUUCUCGCAUGAGUCCUUCAACAUGCAGCGUCAUUUCUUCUUCACGACUGUCAUUCUGUUCUCGGCCAUGGUCGUGGCUCUCAUCACCUGCGAUUUGGGUGUGAUGCUUGAAAUUACCGGAGGAGUAUCGGCCACUGCCCUCGCCUUCAUCUUUCCCGCUGCCUGCUACUACAGGCUCCUCGACAAAAACCUCCCGUGGCACCACCGCUCCAAACUUCCCUCUGUUCUUUGUGUCUGUUUCGGCUUCAUGGUCAUGAUCAUCUCACUAUUCCUCGCUCUCGCUAAAGCAUGGACAACGGAAGGUAGCGCUAAAUUAUGCAUAUAG